CCUCCUGGACGACUACCUGGGACCUAAGGAGUGCCUGAGCCAGAAGUUCACUCAGCAGUCGUGCGUGAAGGCGUUCUGCCCGCCCUGGAUGCGCUGCGUGGACGGCGUGUGCGUGUGCAAGCUACCCUACAUGUGCCUGCGCCUCGGGCCCACCGCCUGUGGCCAUGACGGACGGAGGUACAUCACCCACUGCCAGGCCAUGGCAUCCAGCUGCCGCCUGAGAAAGAAGGUCUUCUCCCACUUUAGUGACCAGUGCAGUGUUACCAAUGUCUUCAGCACAUUUGUGAAGACAGAUAAGCAGGUGAUUGAGGUGAAGCUGCCUAGCAUCUCCAAGCAUGCUCUGGUGUGUGCUGAGGAUUGGGACAUGGCUGCCGCCAAUGUGGUGUGUCGUGACCAGAGGUCUGAGAAAGCAAGAAGUGUGGGCAGCGUGAUGUUCUCAGAGGUUCAGAGCGAGGACACUAUUCUGCCUGGUGUGUGUGUGAGGGUGCAGUGCACAGGGCACGAGUACUCACUGGCCGAGUGUAACAUCUAUGGUGAUAUGAAACCACUCACUUCCCAACACAGUGUCGCAACGGUCCACUGUGAAAACGAUAAUACAGGUGAUGGGCCUACAGAAUGUGAAUUCUUAUGUGCAAACGGACAGUGCGUUAAACUCAGUGACACGUGUGAUGGAGUCAAUCAUUGUGAAGAUGGAAGUGACGAGAUGUGCUGUAAAGCCUGUCGUGGUGGUGCCUUCCAUUGCCAGUCCAACGUGUGUCUCCCUCCUCACGCUGUUGGAGACGGAAUCAGGGAUUGUCUCGGGGGAGAUGAUGAGGCUCAAGAGACAAAAGACAAGUUGCUCAAAGAAAAUCUGCUCUCAAAGCCAGUCACCAUCUCUGAGCCUAAACAAGAGCUGAAGCGGCAACGGGACUCUCUGGAGGUGUUACAGUGCGGCAUUCCCAACAUGGACUACAACCCGCCAGCCACUGACUACGGCAGCACGAGGAGGAAGAGAGUUGUGGGCGGCCAGGAGACCACGCCGACGCAGAUCCAGUGGCAGGUGGCCAUUCAGGAGGAGGGGAAGGUCAACUGUGGAGGGGCAUACCUGGGAGGCUGCUGGGUGCUGACCGCUGCUCACUGUGUCAGACCCAAGCCUGAGUCAUUCCGUGUGAAGUUCUCCCUGUGGAUGAAGAGGUCCAAGAUUGACACCACAGACAUCGCCUUUGUCAAGAAGGUGCACAUCCACUACGGCUACAAUGCCAAAACCUAUGAGAACGACAUCGCCCUGCUGGAGCUUAAAGUGCUGGGUGGCAGUCAACAGUGCCUAAGUGAGAACCCUGCCAUCCGGGCUGUCUGUGUGCCAUGGUCCAUCCAGCAGUUCCAGCCUGGACACAACUGCACCAUUUCUGGAUGGGGGAGGGACAGAGAGGGCAAUACCCAGGACAAGCUGCUGUGGGCUAAUGUGGCACUGAUCGAAAACUGCCAUGAGCAUUAUCCAGACCGCUACCGCCCGGGAAUGAUGUGUGCAGGUGAUGUGGAGGGCAGCGUGGACUCCUGCCAGGGGGACUCCGGGGGCCCUCUGGUGUGUCAGGACCCCAGCGGCGUGUCGUACGUGUGGGGCGUGGUGAGCUGGGGCGAGCGCUGUGGCCAAAAGGGCUACCCCGGCGUCUACAGCCAGGUGGCGCACUACUAUGAAUGGAUCCGUGUCACCACCGACAAAUACAUUACCAAGUACAACAUCUGAGUCGGAGCAGAUCAGGCCGUCAGGAUUUGGAGAGUUAGCUUCAGCAAGUUAGCAUCAUGGUUGGCCGCCACAUUGGAGCCAAAUGGCCACAUUUUCAUAAACAAGCCAAUUAGCUGCCAUAUUACUGGUGUACAGAAGAGUAUGUUUUCUAUGUGAAUUGGCAGUUUCCAAGCUGGAAGGAUCAGCCAAUCCACAUGGACGGCAUCAUUGGUGGGGGUGGGGUCAUAAUCUGUAAGGUUGCACCGAAUUGACUUGUUUGUGAAAAUGUGGCUGGAAGUGAGCACAUCAGAUGCCAUUUUAAGGAUGGUGGCAGUCAGUUACACACACACACACACACACACACACACACAACCAGUGAACCAGACCUGCUGUAACUGAAAUCACACUGCUGAAGAAUUGUUUUAAUUUUGCCUUGUGAACCAUGCCUUGGGACAUAAUAAACUCCAUGUUUUAUGAUA